AUGACGAGAAAGAAGCACGAAGCAGCUAGAGGUCCGGCGACUUCGGAUCAAUUGCAGGCAAAGGAAGGGAGUUCUGGUGGUCGACGAGGCCGAAGGAAUGAAGGCGUCGCAAGCAGCGAUAACUUCAGAGCAGGUGAGGUUUCCAGAGGUUUUGCUCGACCGGAGAAGGGGAGAUGUGCGAGUGGUUCCGAUGGGGCCGAUGAGAAGGAAAAAGUGGAAAAGGCUUCGGUCUCGGUGGUGAUCGAUGAGCAAGAUGGAGAGGGACGGCCUCCCUCCGAUGAUUGCAGGGGUUUUUCAAUUUUAGAAAUGGAAAUUGAUGAUCUUCCAUUUUGCUGGAAAACACAACUACCAGGGGUUUCAAUGAAGAUUUAUAACACGUUUUCUUUAGAGUGUAGUUUUGCAUUAGCCUUGUGUGUAGUUUUUGUAUAA